GCGUCGAGAUCGCGCGGCCGCGGAGCCUUCUGGGAAGUGUGGUUUUUCCGUAGGCGACCAUAUGAGGCAAAGGCAACUUUUGUCCCUGACGCGGAGGAGUCUGACAAGUGCAUCCCGGCUGUGGGCUUUGCCCUUGGUCUGCCCUGCAGCGGAGUUCUCCGUCCUGGAAUCAGGGAGGACUCUGGGCUGUGCCGGUCCAGCGAGGCGGUCCGCCAUUGUCCGCUCGCAGCGACCGGGAGAGUCAGGCACUGACCUGCUGUAAGAAGAGAGCCUGGAAAGAGGACUGUGUUGACUUGGAAUUUGCAGUCAUGUUUCAGGUGACAUUUAGUGAUGUGGCCAUAGACUUCUCUCAUGAAGAGUGGGGAUGGCUAGAUUCUGCUCAGAGGGAUUUGUACAAGGAUGUGAUGGUCCAGAAUUAUGAGAACCUGGUAUCUCUAGGUCUUUCCAUACCUAAGCCAUAUGUGAUUGCUUUAUUGGAGGAUGGCAGAGAACCUUGGAUGGUGGAGGAAAAACUGUCAAAAAGUUUGUUUCCAGAUUGGGAAUCAAGACAUGGAAACAAAGAAUUAUCAGUGAAAGAGGAUAUUUAUGAUGAAGAUUCACCCCAAAUGGUAAUAAUGGAAAAAACUAUAAAACAAAGACAUGAAUUUUCAAAUUUUAACAGGGACUUGGAUUAUAUAGAGAAGUUGGAGGGGAAGCAUGAAAAUCAGGUAGAACAUUUCAGACCAGUGACCCUCACCUUUAGAGGAAGUCCCACUGGGGAAAGUGCUUACAAAUGCAAUACAUUUAGAAGCAUCUUCCAUUUAAAGUCUAUUCUUUCUGAACCACAGAGAAUUUCUGCUGAAGGGAUGUCACAUAAACAUGAUAUAUUUAAGAAGAGCUCACCAACAAUUUCAGUUAUAAAAAGUGAGAGUAUCAAUAGUGGAAAGAAACUUUUGAAUUCCAGUCAAAGUGCGGCAGCCUUCAGCCAAAGCAAAUCUCUUACGCUUCACCAGACUUAUAAUAGAGAGAAAAUCUAUACAUGUAGUGAAUGUGGGAAAGCCUUUGGCAAGCAGUCAAUCCUUAAUCGCCACUGGAGAAUUCAUACAGGAGAGAAACCCUAUGAAUGUCAUGAAUGUGGGAAGACUUUUAGCCAUGGCUCAUCCCUUACUCGACAUCAAAUAAGUCACAGUGGAGAGAAACCUUACAAAUGUAUCGAAUGUGGGAAGGCCUUUAGCCAUGUCUCAUCACUUACUAAUCAUCAAAGCACUCACACUGGAGAGAAACCAUAUGAAUGUAUGAAUUGCAGAAAGGCUUUUAGUCGUGUUUCACAUCUCAUUGAACAUCUGAGAAUUCAUACUCAAGAAAAACUCUAUGAAUGUCGAAUAUGUGGGAAGGCCUUCAUUCACAGGUCAUCUCUCAUUCACCAUCAGAAAAUUCAUACUGGAGAGAAACCUUAUGAAUGUAGUGAAUGUGGAAAAGCCUUUUGCUGUAGUUCACACCUUACUAGACAUCAAAGAAUUCAUGCUAUAGAGAAACAAUUUGAAUGCAACAAAUGUCUGAAAGUCUUUAGCAGCCUUUCAUUUCUUACUCAGCAUCAGAGUAUUCAUACUGAAGAAAAACCUUUUGAAUGUCAAAAAUGCAGGAAAUCCUUCAACCAGCCUGAAUCACUGAAUAUGCAUUUGAGAAAUCACACUAGAUUGAAACCUUAUGAAUGCAGUAUAUGUGGGAAAGCCUUCAGUCAUAGGUCAUCUCUCCUUCAACAUCACAGAAUUCAUACUGGAGAGAAACCUUAUGAAUGUGUUAAAUGUGGGAAGACCUUCAGCUGUAGUUCAAACCUUACUGUACAUCAGAGAAUUCAUACUGGAGAAAAGCCAUAUAAAUGUAAUGAAUGUGGGAAAGCAUUUAGCAAAGGUUCAAAUCUUACUGCCCAUCAGAGAGUACAUAAUGGAGAGAAACCCAGUAGUACAAUAAGUGUGGAAAAGCCUGUAGGCCAUGUGAAUCACUAUACAUGUGAAAGAUCAUAUAAGAGAGAAAUUGUAUAAAUGCAGUUAUUUGUCAUAAUAUAUUGUAGCCUCAUAUCUUCUUUGAUUCAUCAUCAGAAAAUUUUUACUGGAGAAAAUUUAUGAAUGUAACGAAUAUGAGAAAGUUCUUUAGCAAUGAUAUAAGCCUUAUUGUCUAUCACAGUUCACACUGUGGAGAGACUAUAUGAAGGCAAUAAAUGUGGGAAAGCCUUUCGCAUUAGUCCCUUAAUUGACAUAAGCAAAUCCACACUGGAGAAAAACCCUUUACAUGUGACUAAAAUGGGAAAGACAUUAGGCGCUAUGAAUCUUGAAACAUUAAACACAGGAGAGAAGCAACAUGAGUAUAAAAAUUACGAGGGGUCCUUCAGUUAAAGUACAUCCCUCAUUCUACAUCAAAGAACUCACACUGGAGAGGAAGCUUACAUAAUAAAUGUAGCCAAGGGUCCACUAAGCAUUCUUAGCUUGUUAGAUAACAAGAUUAAUACUAGAACAGCCUGAAAGAAGUAGGAACUAUGUGUCUUUGCAAUGAUGCUAAUUUGUAAACAAUUCUACGGGAGUGCAAACAAGCACAUUGUACAUGAAUAUAUCAUGGUUGUAGCAGCAUGCAUUUUACUCAGUCCUACAUAGAAAUUAUCUCUAACUAGUGGGCAUGUGAAGGUACUUAGUCACCCAGUGGAUCCAGUAAAUGUUAUAAAAUUGAAAAUUAAAGUUGCAAUAGAAAAAGUGGUGUGAAUAAAAUUUUUGGUUUCUAAUAAAAUAACCCUGUAUAUGUUGAACUCUUUGACACACUGAUAUUUCUUACAAAAUUUACUACUUUCCUCUUGAAGAAUUAAGAUGAGCUUUCCUAUAUUGCCUUUGGUGAGAGACUAGCAAACUUAGGGAAAAAAAUGGCCUGAUCUCUGUACAAAGAAUGCCACUAUUUUGGUGAGGAUAAUCCACAGCCCAUUUCCAGUUGGCUUAAUUAAUGUGUUUUAAUUUUUACAAAUGCUGUGAGAACAUAACCUAGAAACCACUUUCAGUGAGGGACUACAGCAGGGUGGAUAUGCUUUUUAAUCUGGAUUCUAAAAGGUUAGAUACUAAUUACAGUGGAUAACUGCAGAUUCUGUAUCUGCAGAUUCAACCACUCGCAGUGGGAAAUUUUCUUUUGAAAGGAUUUUAUCCAGAAAGUUCUAAAAAGCAAAAAUUUGAACUUGCUACAGGCAGUUAUUUACAUUGUAAUAGUUAUUCUCAGUAAUCUAGGGAUGAUUUAAAGUCUGCAGUUCCUAGGCUAUAGCAAAUACUAUGCCUUUUAUGUAGAUAACUUGGUGCACCUACAGAUUUUGGUACCCUGGGGGGAUAAGGGUGUAUGUUGGUCCUGGAAUCAGUCCCCUGUGGAUACUGGGGACAACUAUUAUAAACUGUGUGCAGGCAUGUGCACUCUUGGGGGUCAUUCUAGGCAAAAAGACAAGCAACUUCUAUCAUGUUUGCUGCAGCUAGAAUCCACUAUCAAGUUUCAGGUUUUGUGGCUUUGAGAUAUUACUGCUGGCAGCAUCGCUAGUAAUAGCAGCAGUCAUUUCCCCAUCCCUUGGUCACAGGUUUGGGAAAGUUGGAAUUUAAUAGUCCUGAACUGUUCUCAUUACUUCUCCAGCCUGCUUACCAGUUUUGGCGGCAUUUAUUUCAUGCAACAUGUCUUCUUGAAAUAUUUAAAGAGAGUUUUUAGUUUUCUACACUGAGCCUUGGUAGAUAAUUAUGGUUUGUAAGGGGGAUAGCUUCAGAUAGUCUUAAGUUUUAGGUAAGAAAUGGAAUACCCUCACUGGCCCCACAGUUUCCUAGCUUGUGAUGAAAAGGUAAUACAGAUCAGUGAUUAGAAUUGUAUGGAAACAAUUGGGCAAGUAAAGGUGAGUUAUAUAGUUUAUGUUUCAGAUUAUGUUCUCUAUGGCAUUUGAUAGUUAUAAAUAAGAUAAAUUAAGAAGGAAUAUUAUAUUACUGGUAUAGUUCUGGUGUGGAAUGAGUGACAGGGUUUCCAACUUUGGACAAAAUAUUCUAUUCUGGUACGUGUGCUAUUUUAACUGAAAGCCAAGAGGUGACACAGUUUAUAGCAAUUCUUACUGGAAAUAAUGGGUUUGAAAUGGGAUGGUGAAUUUUUAAUAUUAAACAGAUUUAUCUUUCCUUGGAUUUAUUUUUAGUUAUGAGAUUUAUUUUUGAUGUUCUAUGGAAUUUUAUAAUUAAGGGAGCAUGAAAUAGUAUCAAACAGGGAUUAAAAAUAGUUGUAAUUAUUGGUAGACUAGCCACGUAUAUUUGAUUGUGGGAUAAUGGCAGUAGGUUUAUCUUUCUUUCAUUCUCUGUACUCCUCUGCUCUCCCAAGCACCGGUACUGCAGAGAUUUUCAAGUAGUCCUUUAAUCCCCCAGAUUCUUUUUUUUCUUUUUAGGGCCACACCUGUGGCAUAUGGAAGUUCCUGGGCUAGGAAUUGAAUCAGCUGCAGCUGCCAGCCUACGCCACAGCCACAACAACACUGAAUCUGCACUUGUGAGCUACACUGCAACUCACGGCAAUGCUGGAUCCUUAGCACAGUGAGACCAGGGAUUGAACCUGCAUCCAUCCUCGUGGAUACUAGUCAGAUUCUUAACCUGCUGAGCUACAACGGGAAUUCCAAUCCCCUGGAUUUUAUUUGUGUUCUAUAUACAUAGUUUUAUGCCAUCUUGUUAUUUUGUUAUGAGAGGAUUCAUCCAAUACCCAUCCCUUUCAUUUAAAAAGCUUGAGCAUACCCAUGAUAAUGUUUCACAAUUUUUGAUUUAAAGUGCCUUCACAAUGAUACCAAAAUAGGAGAAGAAAAGCCAGAGAUUUAAAUAAAGAUAUUGAAGGUUUUAAUAAAUCAGUAAGAGUAUAUUCCUUGCUAUGGUAAAAUAUUGAGCUGAGAUCAUGAUAAUGUUAUAAUGUCACUGAUGGAGAAUCAUGCUCAGUCAUGUCUGCUAACCAUUUCUUAGGCUUCUACUAUGGGCCAAAUAAAUAAGACACACUUCAGGAGUUCCCCGUUGUGGUGCAGUGGAAGUGAAUCCGACUAGUAACCAGGAGGAUGUGGGUUCGAUCCCUGGCCUCACUCAGUGGGUUAAGGAUCCAGUGUUGCCAUGAGCUGUGGUAUAGGUCACAGACAUGGCUUGGAUCUUGUUGCUGUGGCUGUGACAUAGGCUGGUGGCUACAGCUCUGAUUUGAUCCCUAACCUGGGAACUUCUAUAUGCCACAGGUGCAGCCCUGAAAAGCAAAAAAUAAGAAUUGUAAGACACACUCCAUACCCUUUAAAAGCUCCAGUGUGUGUGUGUGUGUGUGUGUGUGUGUGUGUGUGUGUGUGUGUGUGUGAAGAGCACAGGCUCUGGAAUCAUGUUACCUGAAUAUAGAUCCAAGUUGCAUGUAUACUGGCCUUGCAUGACCUUGGACAAAGUACUUGGCUGCACCAUGCCUCAGUUUCUUCAUCUGUAAAGUGAUAUUAUGGAUUAUUAUGAAGAUUAAAUGGGUUAGUUGGUAUAAAAUGCUUACAAUGCCUGGUACCCCAAAAGCAUUCAAAUAAAUAUUAGCUAUUAUGUUCA